AUUAAUUCUAUGUGCUGUUUUUUUUUUUAUUGUUCAGACUUUGUUACCAAACAUCUUUCUGCUAUAUGAUGUGAUCUCCUCAGAUAAGUUUUUUGGACAUAAUGCCAAGAAGGAAGCCACAACCACUGAAGUCAUCAUGUACAUACCAGAGGAAACCACGUCUGUGCCAUUUGUUGUUCCCUGGUAUGAAGAGUAUGAUUACACUGACUUGGCAAGUGAGCUGGCAAAGAAACAAGAAGAGGAGGAGGAGAGAGCACGAAAGGAAAAGGCAGAAAAAGGUUCUUCUGACAUGGUGUCCUUUAUGCCCUCAGGCAGGUAUCAAAGUGAGAAUGAGGUCAACGCAUCUGACGACCUGGACUUCAGACACCACAACUAUAAGGAUAUGAGACAGAUGAUGAAGGUGAUCAAUGAGGAGUGUCCAAAUAUUACCCGGAUCUAUAACAUUGGGAAAAGCUCCAAAGGCCUUAAGAUGUAUGCCAUGGAGAUCUCCGACAACCCUGGCGAACACGAGGAAGGAGAACCGGAGUUCCGUUACACAGCCGGUCUCCAUGGCAACGAGGCUCUGGGUCGGGAGCUUCUCCUGCUUUUGAUGCAGUUCCUUUGUAAGGAAUACAAAGAUGACAACCCAAGAGUUCGACGCCUGGUAGAUGGAGUGAGGAUCCACCUGGUGCCAUCGCUGAACCCAGACGCAUACGAGCUGGCCUAUGAGAUGGGCUCUGAGAUGGGAAACUGGGCGCUGGGCCACUGGACUGAGGAAGGUUAUGACCUCUUCCAGAACUUCCCGGAUCUGAACAGCAUCUUGUGGGGAGCUGAGGACAGAGGCUGGGUUCCUCGUAUAGUGCCCAAUCAUCACAUUCCACUGCCGGAAAACUACCUCAGUGGUUCUCUCGCAGUCGAGACUAAAGCUAUAAUUUCAUGGAUGGAGCGCACUCCAUUUGUGCUUGGAGCCAAUUUACAAGGAGGAGAGAAAAUGGUGGUUUACCCUUUUGAUAUGCAGCGUCCUCCAAUUUCUUUAACUGACAGCCGGCGUUGGAGGGCUAAUGCUGAGAUGAACGAAGAGACCUGGGCUCGGAUUCAGCGGCAGAACGAAGGAGCCCUCAGGGAGACGGCCGAUGACGCCAUGUUUCGCUGGUUGGCGAUGUCGUACGCACACAGCCAUCUGACCAUGACGGAGACCUACAGGGGAUCCUGUCACGGCGAUGAUGUCACUGGAGGGCAGGGGAUCAUUAACAGAGCCAGCUGGAAGCCUGUGGUGGGCAGUAUGAACGACUUCAGCUACCUGCACACCAACUGCUUCGAACUCUCCAUCUUUCUGGGUUGUGACAAAUUUCCCCAUGAGAGCGAACUGCCACUAGAGUGGGAGAACAACCGCGAGGCUCUUCUGUCCUUCAUGGAGCAAGUGAAUCGAGGAAUAAAAGGCAUAGUGAGAGACAUGGAGGGAAACCCGCUGCCUAAUGCUACGAUCUCUGUGGAGGGCCUCCGGCAUGAUGUCAAAACCGCUGCCAGCGGGGACUACUGGCGGCUGCUGAAUCCUGGAGAGUACAAGGUGACGGCCAAAGCAGACGGCCACACCUCCCACACGCGGCUCUGCAUGGUCGGCUACGACACCGGAGCGACCCCCUGCAGUUUCACCUUAGCCAAGUCCAACUGGGACCGGAUCAAAAGGAUCAUGGCUCUGAAUGGGAACAGGCCCAUUCGAGUCGUUCCAAAAACCAACAGGUUGAAGGCGACUGUGUCGACUACUGGGGCGCCGCCCACCACCACCACAGUAGCAUACCCUCGGGCCAACCCUCAGAGAGCUGAGCGACUCAGGCGGCUCAGACUGAUGCGCUUACGACGACUGCAAGCCAGAAGGUCAAGAGGCAGGAUCUCAACCACCCCCCCGACUACGACAACAACAACAACAACAACCACCACAACAACAACAACACAGCCACCAGAGACUGAGAGCACGACCUCCUGGUACGACUCCUGGUUUCCUGUGGGCAGCUGGACAGAAAACCCGUUUGACGCCUUCUUAUUUGACUCGGCGCCCACACAGGAAUAUAACUUUGAAUAUAAAAUUGAUUAAAA